AUGGAUCGAAGAAACAAGAAAAAGCAAAAGCUCAGCAAAUCGCAAGUAAUCGCAAGUCCCUCUCCUUCAGAGGAGGAAUCGCAAAACGACAACGCCGCUUUAGACCUUACGUGUGAAGUAAUCGCAAGUCCCUCUCCCUCAAAGGAGGAGGAGUUGCGAGAAGCGAUGAAGAAGCAAAACGACGCAGCUUUGGACCUUACCCGUAAAGUAAUUGCUUCCGAAGCACGUCACUCCAACUUUGUCUUCUCUCCGGCGUCAAUCAGCGCCGCACUCGCGAUGAUGGCUGCUGGUAACGGCUCUGGUUCCGAAGAGCUUAACGCCGUCUACAGCGAGAUCGCUACAGUCGCCUUCGCUGACGGAAGUGCCAGCGGUGGCCCCAAAAUCUCGGUGGUUAACGGCGUUUGGGUGGAGCAAUCAUUCCCGGUUGAUCAGUCGUUGAAGGAUCUCUUUGAGAAUGUCUUCAAGGCUACUUUCGCUCAAGUUGAUUUCAUAUACAAGGCUGAGGAAUUGCGUAUAGAGCUGAAUAAAUGGGCUUCAGAUCACACCAAUGGUCUCAUCAAAGAUAUUCUUCCUCCUGGAUCCGUUGAUUCUCAAACCCAACAGGUUUAUGGAAACGCAUUGUACUUCAAAGGAGCCUGGAAAGACCAAUUCGAAAAGUCUCUGACGAAAGUAGAUGAGUUUCACCUUCUCAACGGCAAACCAGUACGUGUUCCUUUCAUGAGAAGCUACGAAAGACAAUACAUUGAGGUUUACGACGGUUUCAAGGUCCUUGCACUACCAUACCGGCAAGGCCGUGAUGGUGGUACCAACCGGAAAUUCUCAAUGUAUUUCUAUCUUCCAGACAAGAAAGAUGGAUUGGACAAUCUUCUUGAGGAAAUGACAUCAACUCCUGGAUUCUUGGAUAGUCAUACUCCGAAGGACAAAGUGUUAGUUGGGGAUUUCAGAAUCCCAAAGUUUAAGUUCUCUUUCAAGUUUGAGGCUUCAAGGGUUUUGGAGGGAGAUGUUUUAGCGACAAUGUACCAUCAAGCUUGUGUCGAGAUCGAUGAAGAAGGCGCUGAAGCUGCUGCUGUCACUUGUGUGAGAAUGGCAGGAUGUCGCAUUUUGAAGCCCCCUCCUCCGAAGAAAGUAGAUUUUGUGGCUGAUCAUCCAUUUAUUUUCUUGAUUAGAGAAGACAAAACAGGAACCGUUUUGUUCUCUGGUCAAAUCUACAAUCCUAGCAGUUAG